AUGACCUCAACGCGGUUCAAGGUUGCUAGACGAAUGACGCUCGACGGAACGAGUGACAGCGAGAACGUACUGCGGAAGGAUUCGGACAGCGACCUGGAAGAUGACGUUUCCGCAGAGCCAGGCAAUUGUGACGAAACGGCGCCUUUAAGACAGGUCCGGUUUAUGACAGGUACGGCCGAAUGCGACGAGGAUUGUCCGGCCAAAAACACUAACUCGAACACCUCUGAUGUGAGUUACAGUUUCUGGUACGUUACCUUUGUGCAUGAUGUACGCACUGUCGAGAAGGUGCCAAACAUAGACCACUAUCGCAAUAUUCUGUCGUUAGGCACCACGAUGUCGCUCAGACCGACGUUAGCCGAAUUACGGCAGGCGUCGUUUAUCGAAGACAUGCAGUCGGAAUACGCGUUUCCGGUGGUAAAUCUGCUUACUUUACUUAUUGCGUCGCAGGACACCGAUGGUAAGGAUUCAAAACCCGUAUCGCCGUCGGUAGCUAAACAGCAGAAGAAUGCCAACAGACUGGGCUGGAUUCAGGGAGUGUUGGUUCGCUGCGUCGUCUGUUUGGUUGGCGUAAUGAUGUACUUACGACUGGGUUGGGUGGCCGGCCAGGCUGGCAUCGGUUUAGGGUUGGUUAUUGUCCUUCUUGGCAGUCUCGUUAGCACACUGACGACGCUGUCCGUUUGCGCGAUAUCCACUAAUGGCGAAGUUAAGGGAGGAGGUGCCUAUUUCGUCAUCUCUCGGUCGCUUGGUCCCGAGUUUGGAGGCAGUAUUGGCGUCAUUGCAACCUUGGCCAAUGCCACUGCUGCAGCCAUGUACAUCGUCGGUUUUGCCGAAAGCGUGCGCGACAUAAUGAAGGAGCACGGAGUAAGCAUCAUCGACGGUUCGAUCAACGAUAUUCGAAUCAUCUCGCUAUGCACCGCGGUGGUGCUGCUGUCCAUCGUCCUUUUCGGUGUGCUCUUCGAAACCAAGGCGCAGUUGAUUCUUCUUGGUUUCCUUUUGCUUUCCGUGAUGUGCUUUGUUAUUGGCAGCUUCAUCCCACCGAACGACUUUAAGCAGGCACGAGGAAUCACUGGCUACUCAUGGAAAACAAUGCAGCAAAAUUUUUAUCCUGAAUGGAGAAAUGAAAAUUUUUUCAGCGUUUUUGCUGUUUAUUUUCCGGCUGCUACUGGCAUUUUGGCAGGUGUUAAUAUUUCGGGUGAUCUCAAGAAUCCAGGCAAGGCUAUUCCCCGUGGCACUCUUCUGGCCAUCUUCUGUACAACUACCACUUAUGCAAUUUGCGUGCUUAUCACUGGAAGUACGUGUAUUCGGGACGCUUCGGGCAGCAUCGAAGAUCUGUACAACGGGACGCUGACUGACUGUGCUAUGCACCAGAAUUGUUCUUACGGAUUACUGAACUUUUUCCAGGUGCUCGAGUUAGAAAGUCUGUUCAGUCCUUUGGUUCUUGCAGGGAUGUUUGCUGCUUCGUUAAGUUCAGCUCUUUCGUCCCUUGUUUCGGCACCGAAAAUUUUGCAGGCCUUGUGCAACGACAAUCUCUUUCCCUACUUGCAAUACUUUGGCAAAGGUUUUGGAAAAACGAACGAACCUCGAAGAGGCUACAUCUUGACUUUCCUGAUUGCCUGUAGUCUAACCACAGUUGGUGAUUUAAACCUCAUCGCUGCUACAAUAUCAAACUUUUUUCUGGCCACGUAUUGUCUCGUCAAUUACGCCUGUUUUGAUGCUUCUCGUUCAAAGUCACCAGGCUUUCGACCCGCUUUCAGAUAUUACAAUCAAUGGUUGUCUUUGUUUGGAGCCAUCUUGUGCCUCGCUAUCAUGUUUGUUAUACAGUGGUGGGCUGUAUUACUCACCUUUGCGUUGAUUCUGGUCUUCUAUUUGUAUCUGAUGCACGAGAAACCUGAAGUUAAUUGGGGUUCAAGCAGUCAAGCCAACGCUUAUAAAAAUGCCCUGAACGCGAUGCAUCGUUUGGCUCAUACGGAAGAGCAUGUAAAAAACUAUAGGCCUCAAAUAUUAUUGUUGACGAAAAAUCCGAUGAUGGAGAUGUCGCUGAUAGAUUUUGCUACGAAUAUCACAAAGGAGAACGGACUUUUGAUCUGCGGUCAGGUGUUGGUGCAUCCAAAUCCGGUCGUGCUGUUGCCGACGAUGAAUAGCUGGCAGCAAAAACUGACCAAAUGGUUGUAUCAGCAGAAAAUCAAAGGUUUUUAUGAAGGGAUCACCGCUACGUCACUCCUCGAUGGAGUACAGCAGUUGUUGCAGAUAUCCGGUCUCGGACGGUUGAAGCCAAACAUUCUGCUUCUGCGUUUUAAAACCGACUGGAUGUCAGCUCCAAGGGCUGAAAUUUCGACUUUUGUAAAUAUCUUACGGCUUGCGUUCGACACCGAUUUUGCUGUGUGCAUCCUACGUCUGCCUGCGGAUGCCAUCCAACUAGAACACUUGCUUGGCUGCAACGUGUUGGACCAGAGCAAUCGGUUCAGCUGUGAAAAGUUAACCGAAUUCAAAACUGCGCUUAACUCUAAAAAUCUUCUGUCCGCUCUUGACUACCAAGAAAACCCGUCAGAAUAUUCCGGGAAUCCGCCAAUUUUGAGCAAAAUUCCAGAUGAGUGUAAAAUCGAUGAAGAGUUAGAAAACGAGCCUGUGUCGAUCGAAGCAGUUCUCGUUCCGGACUAUUCUCACACAGAAUUCUGCAAGACAAUCAAAAAAGGCGUUAUUGACGUGUUUUGGCUUUUUGACGAUGGAGGUGCGUUCAUCACGUUUGCUCCAUUUUAAUU